AUGUUAUCAGCGGAGAGACUCGAUGAGCUGCUCAAAGGCCCCAUGCCCAUGUUCCUGUUCGGACAGCUCAUGCUCCCGCAGGUCUUGCAAUUUGUAACUGACGCUCCGCCCGGUUACGACGUCGCCGCCAAUAUGACCCAGGCGAGCUUACUCGGAUACAAACUCUCGGUCUUCGAAGGAGCCAACCUCCCAGUAGUGCUGCCAUCAGGGGAACUGGGUGAGAGUGUUGACGGCCUUGUGAUUUUCUCUUUGACCCCCGAACAGCGGAACUGGAUAUAUCAAUUCGAGGCAGAAAACUCUAAGCUGUUAACUCAUGUUCAAGUUGAGAUCUGCAUGGACGAUGGAAAUCUGCGGAGUAUCGAUGCCGCCACGUUUGUCUGGAAGGGCCCGAUGGCGGGCAUAGUGGAAACGGGUUCCAAGUCGUGGAAAGUGGAUGCUUUUAUCGAGAGUGAAUGGUAUCAGAACAUCGCACGAAAGUACGAUUCCUCUUAA